AUGAAUAGCCAUCAUCUACGCAACACAAAAAUUAAGGCCGUACCUCCGACACAUAAGACGAUCGUUGUGGACGCGGAAAACCCCAUAGCCUACCUCGCCUCUAAGCCCGUCCUAACUGGGAGAAAGGCCCGAUGGCUGUUGCAGCUAUCAAAAUUCGAAAUCGACUAUGAGCGACCUAAAGGAGUACGAGGGAAAGCCAUCGCUGACCUAAUGGCUAUGUUUCUUGGAGAAGGAGAUGACGAGAUUCAUGACUGGGUGUCGGGAGAGGCAGCCGCCGCUGAUAUUAACAAGCCUUGGACCAUGUUUUUCGAUGAAUCUUCAUAUGAUACUGUUGGUGGAGCGGGAGUAGUAUUCGGAGCACCAAAAGGAGAAUUGAUCUCAUAUUCGUUCAAGUUGAACUUUCCUUGUAGUAAUAAUGUAGCCGAAUAUGAAGCUUUUAUCCUAGGGCUCAGGAUGGCAAAGGAGCUUGGUUUGGGAGGCGUCGAAAUAAAAGGUGACUUGAGGUUGGUAACUAACCAAGUCAAGGGGAAUUUCCACGUCAAGGAGCCACAUUUAGCUAUGCAUCGAGCAGAGGCUCAAAAACUGAUAAGUCAGACAGGGUCGGCCCUAGAUCAUACAUGCAGAGUAAAGAAUAAACACGUAGAUACCCUGGCGACACUAGCUAGCAAGAUGCAGUUGAAUGAUAAGGAAGAGGGUACGGUAACGGUUAAGAGGAAGGAGCUGCCCAACACCUGGAAAGAAGAUAUGGCCUUCGAGGAGGCGGACGAUUGGAGGAGGACUUACAUCGACGAUCUGACCAAAACGGAGGAGGAUCGUGUAAUACCUACCCGAACUCUGAAAUAA